GCUCGCUCACGGUCACAUCACAGGCUCACAGCGCAGCACCCCAAGCUCACUACUCCCUUCGACCCGAAGGAAAAAAAAACUCACUCCCCUGCCGACCAAACCCUAACCAUCGAUCCCCACCCUCUCCACCCUGCCGGCGGCCGAACGGCUGCCCGACAUGUCCUCGCCGGCGCCGCCAAUUGCCCCGGCCAUGGCCUCGCCGACGCCGCCAGUCGCCGAAUGUCCGACACAGUCCUCGCUCCUGGCCCUUCCGGAUGUGAACCUGGAGGACAUAUUCCUCCGCCUGCCCACACCGGCGGCGCUCGCUCGCGCCUCCCUCGCCUGCGCCACCUUCCGCCGCAUCAUCACCGAGCGCUCUUUCCUCCGCCGCUUCCGCAAACUCCACCCGCCUCCCCUCCUCGGCAUCAUCGACGACGAAGGUGUCUUCGCGCCCACCGAGGCGCCCCACCCUUCCGCCCCGCUCUCCCGUGCCCUUGUCCAAGGGGCUGAUUUCACCUACUCCUUCGUCCCAAAGCCACUCGGUAAGAAUCACACAAUCUGGUCUCCCUGCGACGGCCGCGUCCUCCUCGAGCACCGCCUGUCUGGAGCUCACACUUUCUUCACAGACCUGGCGGUGUGCGACCCCCUGUCGCGGAGGUACCUGCUGCUCCCACCCAUUCCUGAGGAUAUGACCAUCGAGCAAGAGCGCCUCUAUGAAUUGCGGCAUUUCCUCAUUCCCGUUCGCGAGGAUGAAGAUGAGACGUCGCUCAAGGUGAUCUGUCUGGCAUAAUACAGAAGCAAGUUGGUCACAUUCAUCUUCUCUUCUGUCACCGGACAAUGGUGUAUAGCUGCGUCUACCAGCUGGAGUUCUUUGGGCGUAGUUGACCCCUUCAGGAGAUUGUUCUCCUGUUUUAACUACUUUCGCGGCUGCUUCUACUGGUCCUUGGAUUGGGAGCACAAGCUGCUUGUGCUGGACACACACAGGAUGGAGUUUUCCACUCUCAGUAUUCAUCAUCCUGGCUACCAUAUGAAGUUUAUAGGUCCGCCUGAGCACAUCAGAUGCAUGCCUACUGUUGUCGAGGAUAGAAAAGGAGCCCUUGAGGUGUUUAAUCUCGUCUGUGAUCCUUUUAAAUCUCACUCGUUUGAUCUCAUCGGUGGUCGUUACGAUCUUAUCCCAUUUUACAUCUAUCAUACCUUUCAACAAAAGGGAGAAUCUUCCAGUGAAUGGCAGCUGUUAAAUGUUAUGGAGUUGCCUCGCGGAUAUUGUUACUAUACUGUGGGUGCUGCUGAGGGGUUCUUAUUCCUUGGAGGGAUUGGAAAAACUCAGCCAGAGGGGUUGCCGGAUGAUUGGAGUGCAGAUGUUUUCUCACUGGAGGUCAAGACUUCUCAACUUAAGAAGGUCUGUAGAGCAACAAACGCCACUGUCUUUUGUUUUCAAUCGUACUUCGGCUUGCCACCAUCAUUGUCAACACCGAGUCUAUGAACUACAAAGCGGUUUUUGCUGCACUUUUGGUGGAAGCGUGUAUAUGUUUUGAGGCCCUGGAGAAGAAGCUAAGCAGACAUAAUCCUAUCUCAUUGCAAAGGGUUCCACUGUCCAUGACAACACCUGAUGGAUGAGCUCACUUCGUUUUUGGAGGCUUUUAUUUGGGCCAUACUUCUGGUGCCUUCGUGGAGAAUUGAAGGAUGGUCAAGAUGGUGCUGUGGACAUGCUGGCUGGUUGUGCCAUACUAUUUAUCAAAAAAUAGUAACCUGUUAAGCGUAUUUAAGCAGACACUUUCUAUAGCACUAAUGUGCAAGAAACAUACUGUUGUACCGGGAGAGUGGUCAUUACCAAUUGUGGUGGCUUUGUCUAGCAAUAAUUUAUCAGACACUCUUGUUGUGCUGGGAGAAUCACCGCUUGUUGUUGUACUUAAUCUGCUCAACAAGUUAUGCCCUAUGGCAUUUGGCCUGCUGUAUGCUUUCUUUUUCCUUGGGCUGGUUGCCCACUUAGCCCUCUGCUGAUUCGACAUCCUGAAACAGCUAGUAGUUAUGUGUAGCCCACUUCGCUUUUGGAGUCUCUUAUUGGAGGAUGGUAUAA